CAAAUCACUCCCGUUUGCUCUCCGCGUUUCUCAUUUCGCUCUGAAGAAGAAGAAGAAGAAGAAGAAGAAGAGUGAAACCCUCGAUUUCGGUUCCUCUCUUGCUCUCGAUCGGAGCGUGAGAAGAGGCCCGUGGCUCGGUCUCGGCUGUUCUUCCGAUAAUGGUGAAUAAUGUGCCUCUAUUCCCUAGAUCUAUCAGACUACAAAAUUGAAGAAUCAACAUAGAAGAAAAUGGGCUGCUGCUGUUCCAGAAGGGCAGAGAUAAAUAGGGCACCAAUUUACGUAUAUUGUCCUCAAACAUCAGAUGGCGGGCCCUUAUCUUCUGCAAAUGGCCCGGCCUCUUCUGUUCCUGCCAGUGUACUUGUUGAUACAAAUCUGGAUACAUCAAUUCCAGACACUUUCCGGGCACCUCCUGCUCCAUUGCCCUAUGAUGUGGGUUUGACACAUGCACAAACUUUGCCUUCCAGUUUUGGCAACUCUGGAAACAAGACUGAUCAUGUACAACCGGCAGAUUCACUGUCCCUUGGAGAAGCCGUAAGUGGCGGUACAUCUGAAGGUUUGGCUACUGCUGAGAGUUUGAAAGGGUCUGUCCUGAAGAGUACAUCUGAUGAUGCACAUGACUCUGCUAAGAUAGCUGAAGAUGAACCAUCAAAAUUCUGUGAACCUGUGUCUUCAGCUGUGGAUGAGGAAGAUGUUUGUCCCAUUUGUCUGGAAGAGUAUGAUUUAGAGAAUCCUCGAAUUCUCACAAAAUGUGAACACCAUUAUCACCUAGCAUGCAUUCUUGAGUGGAUGGAGAGAAGUGAUACUUGUCCUGUGUGUGACCAGAUUAUGGUGUUUGACCAGACCCUAUAUGAGUAGCGGUAAACGUGAGUCAGAAAGCGACCACACUAUAUGGAGAGUACCAAUACUUAUUUGUGUGAUUUAGCAACUGGUCAUCUGAUAAAAAUUUCAUGGUAUCAUGUCGAUCAUCAGACUGAAAUUUUGAAUGUGUAAAUUGUGGGUCAAAUUCUUUUGAACUACACAGAGGGUAGGGGUGAAAACCUGAAUUUGAUUGAAUACAUAUGCUUUCUUUAAAGCUGUUACUGUAAAGCCUUAUAGUUCCAUGUAUAGAUUUGGUUGGCAGAUAAACAUCCAGGAAAGGAAAAAGAUGUAAGGCGAACAAUUUUUGUACCUUGUUGCUCAGGGUUCAGAAUGAUGGAUUUCUUCUUCCUGGUUGAGGUAGUUGAGUUGAUAUGUUUGAGCUUUUUCUGUUUUGUACAGUGUUAAUAGGGAUGCUUGGUGCCAUGUAUUAUAUAAUGGAACACUGCUUUAUUGGUUUGGACAAUUAGAAAAGAAGCAUUCACUUGUUUCAUAA